AUGGAACAAUCAACGUUGGUUGAUCAAAGAGUAAGCUUCUUCCAUACCGCUGUUUUUCAUGGCUCUUUUGGUUGAUUGAGUGAAUAAGAAGACCAUGUACUCAUGUUUGAUGCUGGUCUCUUCUCAGGUGGUGGAGUCAGCCUCAAAAUUUUGCAUCUUCUUGCACCUUAACAAUGGAACAGUGGAUGCCUUUCAGUUUUCUGCCAUAUGUAUCCUUUGAUAAACUUUAUGCUAUAAUCUUGAAAGGUUGGUAUCUGUUUGCGAAUGCUUUUAGCAUUCUUUGAAAGACAAUAUAUAUGGCUUUGCCAAGUUGCUGUAAACAUUUCUUAUCAUCAUUUUUUCGCUAGAUUUUUCAAAGUGGCCAUUUGGUAGACUAUUGGCUCACACAAGAUUUGAAUUUUUCCUCAGGCUAACAAAUUAAGCGCAACAUGUAUGCAUAAGUCCCUGUGCAAAUUACCAAUCAGUGCUGUGAAGCAGCUAAUUUGCACGAGUGGAUUGCAUACUGUUGAUAAUUACUUAACCAGGGGCUUUUCUUCAUGAUGGAUCGAAUGUUUUUUGUCAACACGGAUCUCUAAUUAGGCAUAUAACUAAGCUGAUUAUGAAUCUCUAACUCUUCUUGGUGUCAAUAAUUGUGGAAAAACUGUUGCUUGCAUUUGAUGGCGGGGAGCAUGCGUCAUCUCCUUGUGAUGCAGUUAGAUGAACGGUGGAUAUAAUGACCACAUAGAUGCUGGUUGAAUCAAUGGUUUGGUAAAAAAAAAUCUUCUUUUGAUCACACAAUUCCAGUCUUGGCAAAUAUCAGUGUCACAUAUAAGGUGCAUAUCUAUCUAAUAAAGGGGAAUUCUUAUCAUUUUACUUCACUUCACCUCACGUUGCCUAUGUCUCUCCAUUGGCAAUUGAGGAUGAGAUUGAAAGAAAGGGAUUGAGCGGAGAUCCAAGAGAGUGUGGAACUAUGAAUUACUUAACUAGAAAGUUUCUACAAUACUCAUCUUGCUAGAAAUUUUUGCAUUUGUUUUAUUUUUUUUGGUGUACAUUGAAUUUAUUAUUAUCUAUUAUGUCACCUCGUUUGCUUCGUCUCUCAGUUUUCCUUUAAGAGAUAUGUUCAGACCCUCAGAAAUCUAUACCGAGUAUAUCUGUUGUUGGAUACAAUGGUAUAAUGAUAUUCCAGCAUGGUAUGGAUGAUAUGAACGUAUUAAUGUCAUUUGAUGAAGUAAAUUUUCUUUUCAAUUUUUCACUAAUGUAUUGCACAGCUGACUUUUAGACACAUGUUUUUUAUAUUUGGAUUUCCAGAAGGCUUUGUCAGCACAGAAAAGUUUUUAGAAAGCGUUGAAAAAGCUUGGGAAUCUAUGCAACUACAGGUACUACAAGGAUGAUAAUCUCAAUUUGUUCGUCAUCUGAUACGUUCUGUCAUGUACGCCUUUUAGUUUUAGGAUAUUCACUCAUGACAGGAAGAAGUGCUUCUUUGACUGAUUGCAGGAAACGACUGCAGCUAUAUUGACUGCAGCACUUGCUUCAAAGAAACUAGAUUCAAGCUCUAGCAUUCUUGCAUCGUCAGAGAAGGGAAAUUCUUCAAUCGUUGAUACUCCAUCAACAUCUGGAGGAAGACUGGAAGAAGUAUGUGAAAAAGUUUCUAUAUGAGCUUUUAUAAAAUUUCCUCUGAUCAACCCAUUGUUUUUCCCCUACUUUUACUUUCAGAUUGAAAAAGCUGAUGCACAUAUUUUCUUGUUCCAGAAUGAUAAGGAACCUGAUGGAAAUAACUCUUCACCUGAUGCGAUUGUUGAGGACGAGCAGUCUGGUUCAAUGGGUCUAGGGGGUGAUGGUAUACAACUCCGUGCAGAAAAUAAUACUAAUGGCUCUGGUGUUGCUUCUACAGUACGUCAGGAAGAAAUCAAUUUAUCUGAUGGUAGCCUAGCCUCUGAAACCACAAUAUCCACAGAAACACGCUUUGCUAACAGUAACUCCGAACUCGUGCGUAAAAGUUCUGAGAUAGCAACUGAAAUGGAAGGAAAAGGUGAACAAGCGAUGAAUCGUUCGGCUGCCUUGCAAUCUGCUGCAAAAUCUGACGGGGAUCCUCCCAGAACUUCAAAGUCCAUUAAAUUAACUGAUGUGCACCUCAAUAUCCGCUUGCCAAGUGGAGCUCGUCUUCAACUGAGGUCUCCACUGACAGAUACUCUCCAGUCGGUGAAGAACUAUGUGGAUGAAAAUGCUGCCAGUAGCUUAGGCACAUAUGACCUAGCGAUUCCGUAUCCUAGAAAAAUAUUCAUGGACCAAGGUAUGGUUUUAUUACGUCCAGUCACUUGUCCCUGUUGUUCUUUAUAGCUGUAUCAUGAUUUACAAUGUGCAUCAGGAUUACAUCCGUAUUGAUCUACUAAUAUAAUGUGGACAGAAAUGAUGAUUACUCGUUAGUACUGUAUUUUUCGCCUAUUACUCAUUUCAUUUUUUCUGUUCUUGCCAUACUUUUGUCCUGCUUCGUGAUAAUCCAAAAACUGUACAAUACUCGGCAAUGUAUAUCAGAGCACGCAUAUAGUGAGUUUGCCUCCUGUUCAACGCGAUAAGUUUGGUCAUUACUGUCUAUGUCUGUCACAUGGAGGUGAUAAUCACUUAAAAGUUUAAAAGGAAUGUCUGUGGGCCCAGUUUAUUUCUUAUUGUUUUCCACUCAUGCAAAACUAUGGCUAACGAGACGUCUACGUUCAUCCAGAUAUGAGCCUGCCAUUGUCUGAGCUGGGUUUUGCCAGCCGGGAGGCAUUGAUCGUGGUUCCUCAUAGGCAUGCCGCCGUGGCCCAGAGGAGUCAUCCAGCAGCAUACCACCCAAGUGGCGAAAGUGAGGCUCAUCAGGGAGACAAUGAGGGCGGCUACUUUGCCUUACUGAAGAGGAUACUCUCUUUCAUUAAUCCAUUCUCCUAUCUUGGCGGAGCUUCCCAUUCCGCCCCAGAACUAGCUCCAAGUGCCUUACAGCAACAGGGUGAGCAGCUUAGCUUCAUGAUAUCAUCGGAGCUCUGUUCAAAACUUCUCAGCUUUUCAUAGAUCUUGGAGUUACCUCAGGUUUCACUUUCUUUGUGAUCUGCGUCCGGCAGGUCCAGCCUUUCAAGGCAACCCAUCUGGGGCUGAGAGAUCCUAUCGCCCUUAUGCCUCCAACAAGGGAACCCCACAAGCCGGCAGCAGCUCCAGCACGACUCGGAAUCAGGCACCAGCCAGGGCCGGCAGCAACAUCCACACUCUGAGAGACGUUGAAGGGGAGGAUCCUUCCAACGACAGGAACCUCUUCUGGAAUGGAAAUUCGACAGAGUUUGGGGGUGACGACAAAAAUUGA